AUGCUAUCGCCCGAGCUCGUUGCGCUCCGUGACCUCGGCGCCGUCGUCGACCUCGCCGACCACUGGCCAGUCGUGAACAUCACCACGAUGCCGAUCGAGCAUGCGCGCCUUGGCAUUGCCGCGCUACCUGCAUUCGCCGGUAUCUACAUUGACGCUGGCAUCGCCGCCCUCGCGUGGCUGGAUGCGACCUUGCCGCCGAUGAUGCCAAUCAGGUUGGUCGUGAGCCCCGAGGAGCUCGGCACCUGUAGCGCCUUUGCCCGUGUCUGGGGCGACCGCGUCACGACCGUCAUUGUCCAAGGCGCCAAUGUCCGUAAGGAUCCGGUCCCCGACAUCCUCGCGCGCUGCGUCCACGUCCAAUCGGUCCACAUCGAGUUCUACUUUGUGCCUGUCCAUACGUAUAUGAACGCUCUCUCGACCCAGCAGCUGCAUACGCUCGAGAUCGAUGACGGCUGGGGCCACGACGCGGUCAAUGCAUCGGGCAUUAUCGCAUGGCUUCAAGGACCUCACGCGACGUCGCUCUCACUCACGUGCAACUCGGUGCGAGAUCCGGCAGCGCUGGCGACCGCGAUCUACGAUUGCUCGCAUCUCACGUCAAGCCUUGGUGACGUCAUCACGGACCUUAUCACGUCCCUCGCCAUCCUCGACGAUGGCUUCGAUGCCCACUUGAACGUAAGUCUGCUUCGGAAGCUCGAUCGCACCAAGGUCGUUUCGUUCUCGCUCGAGAAAUGCCAAGGCGACGAAGGCGACGACGUGGUCACGACAAGUGUGCUCGAUGCGCUCGCGAUGUGUCCUGCGCUAUCAACGCUCAGCCUCACCAACCUCGACUUGACGGCCGCGAGCCGGACGGCUGGUUUCUGGCCGCAGCUGACCACCGUGCGCGUGCGAUCCACGGAUUUUGACACGCCGCGAGAGCGUGCUGCGCUUCUCAAGUGGCUCUCGACCUCGCGCUGCUUGACGUCAGUCGAUUUGAGUGGUACGGCGCUCCAGAAAGAAGGGAUUGUCGAGCUGGCGCGGGCGCUGCCGGCGUGGAUGGCUCGUGGCCUCGAGACGUUGACGCUCCAAGGCGCCGUGCGUACAACGCACGCACCAGCUAUUUCAAAAAUGACCAAGCGCGUGUGCCAGCGUGCCACGAGGUUGUCGAGCCUCCCAGGCGUCGUUCUACAUGGCCUCCUCCACAUGCUGGACGACGACAGCGAUGUCCUCAUCCUGCUCGAUGCGCUGCCGGUGGUGACACUACCGCCCGAGCUCGUCGCACUUCGCGACCUCGGUGCUGUCGUCGCCCUCGACGAGCACUGGCCGGUCGUGCACGUGACCAAGAUUCCGAUCGAGCAUGCUCACUUGGGCGUUGCCGCGCUGCCUGCCUUUACUGGCGUGCACGUGGACUCUGGCGUGGCCUCGCUGGCGUGGCUCGAUGCGACGCCCAAAGCGCCCGUGACGCUGGUUGCAGAUGCGUCGGUGCCGGGUGCGCUCAGUGCCUUUGCCUACGCCUGGGGCGAUCGCAUCACCAAGGUAAUUGUCAAGGCCUGCGAUGAGGAUGAGGACGAGAACGACCCGGUCCCCGAAAUGCUUGCGCGCUGCAGCAACGUCCAAUCGGUCGAAAUCCAGAGCGACAGGUGCAUCUCCCCGCUCUUGGCAGCGAUGCCGACCACGCACUUGCACACGCUUGUGGUCGACGCUUUGGGCGAGUCCGAUGUCGACACGUCGUCCAUCGUCGCGUGGCUCCAAGGACCGCGCGCGACGUCGCUCUCCUUUCUGGCCAACACGACACUCGACCCGAGAACACUGGCCAAAGCGAUCCACGCCUGUCCGACGCUCACGUCGUUGCAUGUCAACGAUGCGCUGGACCUUCUACACGCGUUGAUUGCGCUGCCAAAAACGCUAGACAACAUUUCGUCGCUCUCGCUCUGUGAGAUGGGGUACGAAGACAACAACGCCCCUGUCGCGCUCAAGGUGCUCCGGAAGCUCAACCCGAAUAACGUCGUCUCGUUCGCCCUCCAACAUCUCAGUGGUGCCGAUCUCCAAGUCGAGCGCAUCCCGAGCUUCAUCAACGUCCUCGCGACGUACCCCUCGCUGCAGGCGCUGGAUCUCAACGACGUGUUCCUCUCCAACGUCACGACCACCGAUGUCUGCGCGCACUUGUCGAAUGUCACAGUGUGUUGCACGACCUUCGGCACGUCAAACGAUGCCGUUCACUUUAUCCGGUGGCUCUCAACCUCCCGCGUCUUGCGAUAUGUCGACUUGACACGGACGAAGCUCGGAAAGGCGGGGGUGGAUGCACUCGCGCAAGCACUGCCCAUGUGGAUGACGAGCGGUCUGGAGACAUUGACGCUCUCGGCCGCGGGUCUUAACGGCGACGAUGCGGCGCUGCUUGCCGGAGCCCUCGCCGCGGGCAAGAACCGACGUCAUUUUGCGCUUGAUUUGUCGGAAAACUACCCUCUCACGCUCGCGAGUGCGCGACGACUCAUGGCCGCGCUCGGUGCGAGCCACAACGUCACGCUCGAUCUCGGCGCGUGCUUCCGGAGGUCUGAUGGCGCGGUUUGUGACCAAUUCGUACAAGUGGAAGCACUCUUGCGCCUGCACCAGCCUUACGAGGUGUCGUCUGGUGUCUUUAAGGCGCCGUCGCCUAUCACAUCGCUGUGGCAUUGA